AUGAGUCUCAAUCUGCCAAUACGACCUAGCACAAGCAGCCAGCGGAACCGGGACAGUCGUAAUAAUUACUUCAACAGCUAUACCCCCCCAAGCUCCACGGAGGCUAUCAAUGGGCCUGUUAGAGAAUUGGUGAGGGAGCAGACGCCUCUGAAUGAUCGCUUGAUUGUGGGUGUUGAUUUUGGAACUACCUUUUCAGGUGUUGCUGCCGUAUACACUUCUACCCCUGAUGACAUAGAAAUCAUCAAGACUUGGCCUGGCGGCAAUGGUAUCACAUCGGACAAAGUCCCAACUGAGAUUGCCUACGACUUUCCUCCCAAUGCACCUCAAGGCACUGAACCAACAGUAAAAUGGGGGUUCCAGUUCAAGCCAGAGGAGUCACGUCUACGCUGUAUCAAGCUCUUUCUGGACCGAUCUCAAAAACUCCCCUUCUACGUCAGCCCGCUCGACACAGCCGCACAGCUCAAACGUUUCAACAAGAAUGUUGUCGACGCCGUGAGUGACUACUUAACUCAGAUCUACAAACAUACCAUGGAUACGCUCACCCGUAGGUACGGCGAGUCGUUCAUGGCGUCCACAAAAGUUGAGUUUGUACUCACUUGUCCGGCUGUUUGGAGUGAUGCUGCAAAGAACACCACGCUACAGGCUGCUGAGAGAGCGGGUAUGGGUUUGAGGUCUGAGAUUCAAAUGAUCAGCGAGCCUGAGGCUGCGGCUGUGUAUACGCUCAAGGCGAUCCAGCCGAAUCAUCUGAACGUGGGCGAUAAUUUCAUUGUUUGUGAUGCUGGAGGUGGUACUGUUGAUCUGAUCGCAUAUAAGAUCAUCUCCCUGAAGCCGCUCCGUGUAGAGGAGUCUGCGGUUGGAACAGGAGGGUUGUGUGGAAGUGCUUUCUUGAAUUAUCGAUUUGAAGAGCAUGUCAGAGGCCGUCUUGGCCAGACUCGCUUUGAUGAGAUGAAGGCUAAGAAAGGCAAGACGUGGCAAAUGGGUCUUCGAUACUUUGAAGAGUUCGUGAAACGGAACUUCAAUGAGGAUGAGCAUCAGGAAGUCAACGUUCCCUUCCCUGGUCUUCCUGACGACGAAGAGGCUGGGCUGGACUCAGGCUUCCUCGUCAUGACAGCAGAACAAGUCAAGGAAAUCUUCGAGCCUGUAGUUAAAGAGGUCUGCGACCUUGUCCAGGGUCAAGUCACAGGCCUUCGCUCCAAGGGAGGCAUUGUCUCCGGCAUCGUGCUAGUGGGAGGUUUUGGUCAGAGCGAUUAUCUAUAUCGCCGGCUCAAGAACCACUUUACAAGCGCUGCUCCGCCGCCGUACAGCGAAAGGCCUACACAUGCCAAUGCCAAUUCCACACAGGAGGCGGGCUCCAUUGAAGUGAUGCAGCCAGUGUAUGCUUGGACGGCGGUUGUGCGAGGUGCUGUUCUGAGGGGGCUGGAGGGCAACAUGGUCAUAUCUCGUAAGUCGAGAAUGCAUUAUGGUACAUCGUAUGCUACCGUGUAUGAUGAGGAUAAGCAUUCGGUCAGUGAGCGAUACUGGUCCCCCUUAUGGGAGCGCUGGAUGGUCUCUGACCGGAUGCAAUGGCAUAUUGCAAAGGGCGAGGCUCUCUCACCGCUCGCACCCAUCGCAUUCCACUACACACGCAACUUCCGCCCCGGUCAAUCCCUCAUCGUCACCGACGAUCUCAUAGCGUGCGACGCGGACGAACCACCCGCAGCAUACACUCGCGACCUGAUCCACGUGUGUACCCUCACAACAGAUCUCAACGCCGUUCCAAGGAGUUUGUUUACGAGAUUAACGACGACGAGAGGCGUCGAGUUUGAUAAUUUAGAUUUCACACUGGAGAUGAGGGUUGAGAGUGCGGGCUUGGGAUUUGAGCUGAAGGUUGAUGGGGUGAGCUUCCAAUGGCCCAAUCCCCAAGGCGUCUGCUGCUACCGCUCCUUCGACAACCCCAACGACCACUCCAUCAUCGCCAUCAAAGUCCCCUGGCUCCAAUGGCCCAACGACCCGCUAGAGGAUGUCCAUUCGCCCUGGUGGGUAAUCCGCGAUAAAUCUCUCGCAGCUGUGAGACUCUGGAAGAAGACUUUACUCGACAAGCUCUCGAGUGAGACAUAUCAUAAGCAUAUGAGGAUUAGUAGCAUUGUUCUUAUGAAUGAACAACUUAGACUUACUAUUGAUGAUUUGGGGGAUGGAGAUGAUCAUUUGAAGUUGUUCUAUGGAUUUGCCGCUGAUGAGAUUGCCAAGAUGAAAGAGGUCAAGGGGUUGGAUCUUGGGAGGGAGGUUAUUAAGUGGAUUGGGAAUGGGAAAGAUGCUGUUCCUGUUUUCAGGAGGGUUAGAACGAGAAACACAGAUCUUGUCUAA